UUGUGGAUCUGUGGGUGUGUGUUGUGCGUCAUAGGGGAGGUGUGUUGUGGCGAGAUGUGGAGGACGGUCAGAUCGGCUCCUCAGCACUCAGGCCAGGGCCACAUGACUCCGGCUUCUCCUGAAUUGUGGUUCUGGUAAAAGUGCAAAAAAAGAUCCGACUAUGAGCCUGCAUAUGCAGAUGCCUUUAGAAUGACAGAACAGCAGAUGGCUUCUACAGAAAGGAGCCUACGUAUCCAAGAUGAUGAUGACCUGAAGUCUAUGAUCGUGGGUACAGUGAUGAGAAAAAUCAAAUCUCGGACAUGGAAAAAGCAGCGGUACUUCAGGUUACAAGAAGACUGCGUGACUAUCUGGUACAAGAGCAAGAAAGCUGGAAACGCUCACUCCACCUUUUCUGUUAGUGAUGUGGAAGCUGUACGAGAAGGGCACCAAUCGGAAGUUCUUCUCAGCAUCGCCGACGAGUUCCCUCCCGACCGUUGCUUCACCCUGGUGUUUCGUGGACGACGUGGCAACUUAGACCUGGUGGCCGAAUCAUCCGAAGAGGCUCAAACUUGGAUUAGAGGGAUACGCAAACUCAUCAAUAACCUGGAGAACAUGGGGCAGAGAGAGAAACUAGACCAAUGGAUCUGUGAUUGGUUUAAAAAAGCAGACAAAAACAGGGAUGGACAAAUGAACUUUAAGGAAGUCCGAGAUCUGUUGAAGAUGAUGAAUGUGGACAUGAACGAGCAUCACGCUCUGCGGCUCUUUACGAUGGCAGACAAAUCUCAGUCAGGUACACUUGAAGACGACGAGUUUGUACUCUUCUAUAAGAUGUUAACGCAGCGAGAAGAUGUCCUGCGAGUGUUUCAGGAAUAUUCGGCUGACGGACAGAAACUGACACUUCAAGAUCUGGAAGACUUUCUGCGGGAGGAACAACUACAUGAGAAUGAUGUACAGCAGUACGCCGUCGAACUCAUCGAACGCUAUGAGCCAUCAGUCACGGCUAAAAUGUUGCAUGUAAUGACAAUCGACGGAUUGUUGAUAUACCUGAGCUCGACGGAGGGCUCAAUUUUUAACCCUGCCAAGAUGGACCUCUACCAGGACAUGACGCAACCUCUCUCCCAUUACUUCAUAUCUUCUUCUCACAACACAUACCUCCUGGAGGACCAAAUCCGGGGACAAAGCAGCAUUGAAGGCUAUAUUCGAGCACUAAAACGUGGUUGCCGAUGUGUGGAGGUGGACUGCUGGGACGGACCAAACGGAGAGCCGGUUGUCUAUCAUGGGCACACGUUCACCUCAAAGAUCUUCUUUAAGGAUGUGGUCUCUGUGCUGGGCAAAUAUGCAUUUAAGACAUCACAGUACCCCGUUAUCCUGUCCAUUGAGAACCACUGCAGUGUAGAGCAGCAGAAAGUCAUGGCCCAGCACCUCACCCAGAUCCUUGGAGACCAGCUGCUGACAAGCACCUUAGAUGGAAAGACUCCUAUCAGCCUCCCAUCCCCAGAGGACCUGAAAGGGAAGAUUUUGUUGAAAGGAAAGAAGAUAGGAGGAUUAGAGGAUAAAAUGAAUGGGCUGGUGGGCGACCCUUUGACGGGAGAGGUGAGCGAGGAGGAGGAAGCUGUUGAAAUUGAUGACGAGCAUCAUCGCAACGACAGCAUAAGGCAUAGGAGCAAGAAAUCCAAACAGGGUCUGUCUAAGGAGCUUUCUGACUGUGUGGUAUACUGCAAGAGUGUCCACUUUAGCGGCUUUAAACAUUCUCGAAUACACUCCAAGUUUUACGAGAUCUCCUCCUUCACAGAGUCCAAAGCAAAGAAACACAUACGAGAAGCAGGAGCAGAGUUCGUUCUUCAUAACGCUCGUCAGUUAACUCGGGUUUACCCCAGCGGCCUGAGAACUGACUCGUCGAACUUCAACCCACAGGACAUGUGGAAUGCAGGGUGCCAAAUUGUUGCUCUAAACUUUCAGACCGCAGGGGUGGAGAUGGAUCUUAAUGAUGGCUUGUUCAGUCAAAACGGGUGCUGUGGCUACGUGCUGAAACCGACAUUUAUGUGCAAGACAGAUAAGAGGUUUGACCCAGAAAACCCACAAAACCAAGAAGGAUACCAACCAAUCAGUUUGUCCAUACAGGUAAUCAGUGGCCAGCAACUUCCUAAAGUGAAUAUCAAAGAGGGUUCGAUUGUUGACCCCCUCGUUCGGGUGGAAAUUUACGGCGUAUCGAUGGACCAGGCCAAGCAGGAAACCAGAUACAUCGACAACAACGGUUUUAAUCCAGUAUGGUAUGACAAUCUCCAGUUUAACAUUCACGUGCCUGAGCUCGCUCUGGUAAGGUUUGUCGUGGAAGAUUACGACAAAACAUCGAAGAAUGACUUCGUGGGCCAAUUCACGCUCCCUUUUACCUGCAUUCAGCCAGGAUAUCGUCACAUACAUCUCCUUUCUAAAGACGGCACAAGCAUCGCUCCUGCCUCGCUGUUUGUUCACAUCCGGGUAACAAAACUAACGUAAAACGUAAAAAGUGUUUUAAAGUGACACACGCACAUUAUAUUUUAAUAUUCAAAAAAUUCAGCAGUAUCAAGUCUUCCCAGUGCACAAUCACUUAUAACAUUAAAUAUAAUUUGUUACUACACAUUUCACAUUUCUCAUGUAUUAUAGUUAUGUUUUUAUUAUGUGUUUUUAAGCCAAAUAAUUUUGUAGUUAUCUAACAAUUUUAACUGUUUAAGAUUUUUGUGACUUUAGUUAAAAAGAACUACAAGCGUUAAUACUGUGAGAGCCUGUACAGCCUAAAAUCAUUUCAUUUUGGAGUGAAUUAUGACUUGGAUGACAUUAUGCCUUUGUGACAUUCACUCAAUCGUAUAAUUUAUGUAUUCCAGAAUUAUUUCUUAAACUUUCACCCAUCUUAAUAGAUCAUAAAUCUUCACUUUUGUUUCUAAAUCACUUUGCAGUUUUCCUGCAAAACACCCAUAGCCAACCCCAAAAGUUGGAGAACGUGCAAUAUGAAAUUAAAGCCUAUAGUUCAGUAGUUACAGUAGCUUGUGAGCUUUAAGGAGAUUUAAAUAAAGAGAUAAUAAGGACAUCAACACAAGGGCUCAAUUACAAUCUUACUGUGGCCCUGAAGAACCUCAGGGGCCCGACUCAGUUACACAGAGAUACCGAAGGAGGGCUGUGAAAAUUAACCCUCUCUGUUCCCAUCCCCACCUCGUGUACCACUGUAUAUGUAACACAAUGCAUAAUAUUCUGUGCAUUAAAACAUUCUGUGCAUUUUUAUGUAAUGCGAGGCAUCUUUUCUGGUUAUAUGCUGCUAGUUUAAUAGUGUUAUAUAUAUUUUAUAUUUCUACGCUCCAUAUGGGCCAAUUCUAAACAUUUUUUUGUAACGAGUUGGCAACCCUUGAACUGUUUGCUUUGCCUGUAUAUAUAUGUAUGUAUGUAUGUAUGUAUUGACUUGCCAUAUAAAAAAUAAAAAAUAAAGAUCAG